CCAGAGCCUCGCGUCCCCUUGCGGUCCGCGCCCUCGCCGCCCCCGGACGCGCAGUGCCCGGUCCUGCCCGAGCGGGGCGCUCUGUUUGCAGCAGCGUGGGAGGACUCGGGGCGGCUGCGAGGCCGACGUCCUGCUCCGCUGGGCUCUCCCCGGGCACUUCACACUGGAGAGCCAAAAGGAGUGGAAGAGCCUGUCUUGGAGAUUUUCCCGGGGAAAUCCUGAGGUCAUUCAUUAUGAAGUGUACCGCGCGGGAGUGGCUCAGAGUAACCACAGUGCUGUUCAUGGCUAGAGCAAUUCCAGCCAUGGUGGUUCCUAACGCCACUUUAUUGGAGAAACUUUUGGAAAAGUACAUGGAUGAGGAUGGUGAGUGGUGGUCGGCCAAGCAAAGAGGGAAAAGGGCCAUCACAGACAAUGACAUGCAGAGUAUCUUGGACCUUCAUAAUAAAUUACGAAGUCAGGUGUAUCCAACAGCUUCUAAUAUGGAGUAUAUGACAUGGGAUGUAGAGCUGGAAAGGUCUGCAGAAUCCUGGGCUGAAACGUGUGUGUGGGAACAUGGACCUGCAAGCUUGCUUCCAUCAAUUGGACAGAACUUGGGAGCACACUGGGGAAGAUAUAGGCCCCCAACGUUUCACGUACAAGCAUGGUAUGAUGAAGUGAGAGAUUUUACCUACCCAUAUGAACAUGAAUGCAACCCGUAUUGUCCAUUCAGAUGUUCUGGUCCUGUGUGUACUCAUUAUACACAGGUGGUGUGGGCGACCAGUAGCAGAAUAGGCUGUGCCAUUAAUUUGUGUCAUAACAUGAACAUCUGGGGGCAGAUAUGGCCCAAAGCUGUCUACCUGGUGUGCAAUUACUCUCCAAAGGGCAACUGGUGGGGCCAUGCACCUUACAAACAUGGACGACCCUGUUCUGCUUGCCCACCUAGUUUUGGAGGGGGCUGUAGAGAAAAUCUGUGCUACAAAGAAGGGUCAGACAGGUAUUACCCUCCUCGAGAAGAAGAAACAAACGAAAUUGAACGGCAGCAGUCACAAGUCCAUGACACCCAUGUUCGGACAAGAUCAGAUGAUAGUAACAGAAACGAAGUAAUAAGCACACAGCAAAUGUCCCAAAUUGUUUCUUGUGAAGUCAGAUUAAGAGAUCAGUGCAAAGGAACAACCUGCAAUAGGUAUGAAUGUCCGGCUGGCUGUUUGGAUAGUAAAGCUAAAGUUAUUGGCAGUGUACAUUAUGAAAUGCAAUCCAGCAUCUGCAGAGCUGCAAUUCAUUACGGUAUAAUAGAUAAUGAAGGUGGUUGGGUAGAUAUCACUAGACAAGGAAGAAAACAUUAUUUCAUCAAAUCCAAAAGAAAUGGCAUUCAAACAAUUGGCAAAUAUCAGUCUGCUAAUUCCUUCACAGUCUCUAAAGUAACAGUUCAAGCCGUGACUUGUGAAACGACUGUGGAACAGCUCUGUCCAUUUCAUAAGCCUGCUUCCCAUUGCCCGAGAGUAUACUGCCCUCGUAACUGUAUGCAAGCAAAUCCACAUUAUGCUCGUGUCAUUGGAACUCGAGUUUACUCUGAUCUGUCCAGUAUCUGCAGAGCAGCAGUACAUGCUGGGGUGGUUCGAAAUCAUGGUGGUUAUGUUGACGUUAUGCCUGUGGACAAAAGAAAGACUUACAUUGCUUCUUUUCAGAAUGGAAUCUUCUCAGAAAGUUUACAGAAUCCUCCGGGAGGAAAGGCAUUCAGAGUAUUUGCUGUUGUGUGAAAUGGAACACUUGGAAGAGGAUCAUAAAGACUAUUCCAAAUGCCAUAUUUCUGAAGUUUGUAUAAAACUGUAACAUUACUGUACAGAAGAUACCAACUAUUUUAAGCCCAAAAAAGUGCCAAAUGCAUAUAAAUCGUGACAAAGUCUACGGAAUAAAACAUGGGACAUUAGCUUUGGGAAAAGUAAUGAAAAUGUAAUGGUUUUAGAAAUCCUGUGUUAAAUAUUGCUAUAUUUUCUUAGCAGUUAUUUCUACAGUUAAUUACAUAUUCAUGAUUGUUCUACAUUUCAUAUAUUAUAUGGUGCUUUGUGUAUGCCACUAAUAACAUGAAUCUAAACACUGAAUGUGAAUGGCCCUCAGAAAAUCAUCUGGUGCAUUUAAAAAUAGGCAACUCUAAAGCUGAAAGAAACCUUAUCAUCACAUUUUCCCCAGUCUGGUGUUAUGCCAUUACCUACUCCAAGUAAUCUCAAACUACUUUCCACUUAAUACCUGUACAGUUUUUUCUUCUGUUAAGUUUAGGCAUCUAGAAUAUUAAGUUCUGAUAUUGCACUUCUUAUUUUGUAUAAAAUAAUCCUUUAAUAUCCAAAUGAAUCUGUUAACAUGUUUGAUUCCUUGGGAAUGGUCUUAAUUAGUCAGAAUUAGUGGUAUGAAAACAUUCCUGGUGAUCGUAUAGUAAAUAUAGGGUAAAGCAUGGGCAGCCAGAGCUUUCUAUGUAUUGUUAAAAUUGAGGACACAUAUUUUUUUUGUAUCCUGGCAAAUACUCCUGCAGGCCAGGAAGUAUAAUAGCAAAAAGUUUAACAAAGAUGAGCUAAUGUAUUACAUCACCAUUGCCACUGAUUUUCUUAAUGGUAAAUGGCCUUGUGUAUAAAUAUUGCCAUAUUAUGGUACCUAUUAGUGCUGAUAUAUUUGUUUCUAUGAAAAAUGUAUUGUGCUUUGAGAUGAAAAAUCUGUAAAAUGUUACUUUUGGUAAUUUUUUUGUCUGCUGGUGAAUUUACUCUUUUCCUAUAAACAUAUUAAAAUGAAUCAUGUUUCUAAGUCUCAUUUUCAGUUCCCUUUGCAUGCUUAUUUUAAUUUAGAAAUCAUUUUAAGAUAAAUGAACAAAAUUAUUGUAAGCCUUUGAAAUUGGGUUUAUUAACAUUAGUAUAAAUAACAUACUUAAUAGCAGAAGUCUACAAAAUCAACCUAAUUAGGUAUUUGUAUAUGAAAGAGAAAACAUUUUUAGAAGUAUUCUAACAAGGGAGAAUUUGAGUAGAAUGAGAGAGAUGAGUUUUUAAAGUAUAAAGAAAGAAUCUGAAAGAUAUAAAGUGAUUAUGAAGGAAUUGACCAGACAAUUAAUACUUCAAAUAUUUUCAGCAAUAUUUGUAAGAGUUGAGCAGAUAAAAGGGAGAUAAAUCACAUGUUGGGAUCAGGAGAGCAAGAGAGCUGGAUAAUACAAAAGGAAAAAAGAAAGAAAAGAGGGUCUCACACAAAUAGACACCAACAUCCAUGAUCAUUUAUCAAGGAUUGGCAGGGAGGUAAGUGGUUCAAAAUAUUGGUAAUCAAAACUUAGUGAUUUAUACAUUAAAAAGUUCAAAACCUAAAGCAGAUUUUAAGGAGACAUCUUUUCCAAAAGACACAUUACGACCUUCAUAAAUAGUGUGACUUUACCCAGGCUCAUCCUGUCAUAUCAGGCUGUUCCUUGCUGCUCUCCCCUAAUAGGGAAGCCCCAUCAACCCCAUCGGUAUAUAGGCUCUCACAUUUGCUCCUAGUUUCCAUCUCCAUCAUCACUUUCCUGCACUAUCGCAGUGUCAGCUGGAGCCUCUGCAUUGUACCCCUCUCCAUUUCUUUUCAAUGCAUCCGUAUUUCUUUCCCUCUGCUGGGAUUACUCUCUUCCAUGAGUUUCCAUUGCUUGAGAAAACCAUCCCCCCUUGUGAAAGCAUUUAGGAACCUUCAUAGUCUUGUUGGUAUUGUUUACCUAUCUUCUACACAGGUGUGGCCUUGGGUAAGUUAUUUCACUUUCUAUGCUUCAAUUAGCUCACCUGCAAAAUAGAACAAAUAAUAUCUCAUAGGGAUUGCUCUAAGAAUGGAGACAUUAUAUGUAAUGUACUUAAAGGAAUAUAAAACAAUACAUAUUCAACAAAUUAUUUUUAAUUAUUAUAAUCAUUAUUUUUGUUUUUAUUUACGUUGGGGAAACUAUGAAUAUAUCAUACUAUGCUAUUGAUCCUUUGGCACUUAACUAAAUGUGAUAUUCUUCAGGAAUUUUCCUGCAGUUGUGGUGAGAAUUAGAUGCUCUCUAAUAUGAUAUCCUUUU